AUGCCAACAUUUCAACAAGUAUCAGAUCGUCCAGAUUUUCCAGCUAUGGAAGAGGAAGUACUUGAGUUUUGGAAAAGUAUAGAUGUAUUAAAUACUUCUUUAAAGAAAGCAGAAGGUAGGCCGAGAUAUUCAUUUUAUGAUGGUCCACCAUUUGCAACCGGAUUACCACAUUAUGGUCAUAUUUUAGCUGGUACUAUCAAGGAUAUAGUUACUCGAUAUGCACAACAAAAAGGUUACUAUUGUGAAAGGCGUUUUGGUUGGGAUUGUCAUGGUUUACCUGUUGAAUAUGAAAUUGACAAAUUAUUGAAUAUAUCAGGUAGAGAUGACGUAAUUAAUAUGGGGAUUGAUAAGUAUAAUGAGUCAUGUCGGGCUAUUGUAUUGAGAUAUACUGAAAAGUGGAGGACAACAGUAGAACGUGUUGGAAGAUGGAUUGAUUUUGAUAAUGAUUAUCGCACAAUGGAUCUUUCAUUUAUGCAAAGUGUUUGGUGGGUAUUUAAACAAUUAUAUGAUAAAGGAUUAGUAUACAGAGCAUAUAGGGUAAUGCCAUAUUCUACUAUUUGUAGUACACCUUUAUCAAAUUUUGAAGCCAAUUUGAAUUAUAAAGAUGUAAGCGAUCCAUCUAUUAUUAUAUCCUUUCCAUCUGAAGAAGAUCCUAAUCUGGAGUUUUUGGCUUGGACAACUACUCCCUGGACAUUACCAGCAAACACUGCACUAGCAGUACAUCCAGAAUUAAUAUAUGUAUAUUUUAAACCAGAAAAUAGUAAUAAGAAGUAUGUUGUCUGUGAAAAUCGUUUGGAUUGGGUUUUAUCUGAGCUUAAAAUAAAAAAUUAUACAAUUGAAUCAACAUGUAUGGGUAAUUUAUUACAUAAUAUAAAAUUAAUACCUCUUUUUAAUUAUUAUAGAGAUUCUGAAGGAUCUAAUAGAUUUUGGAGGAUAUUAGCAGAUCCAUAUGUUACAGAUUCAACAGGUACUGGAUUGGUACAUAUGGCUCCUGCAUUUGGUGAAGAUGAUUUUCGUGUCUGUACUAUGCAUGAUAUUAUUGAUAUUCAUGGUAAUAAUUUGCCAUGUCCAAUGGAUCCAAAUGGUAAGUUUAUAGAACCUGCAUCUGAUUAUAUUGGAGUUUGGUUUAAGGAUGCUGAUAAAGCAAUUAGACAGAAACUUAAAAGAGAAGGUAGACUUUUAAGUGAUAAUACAUGUGUUCAUUCAUAUCCUCAUUGUUGGAGAUCAGAUUCACCACUACAAUAUAGAGCUGUUCCAUCAUGGUUUAUAAAUGUAGAAUCUUUAAAAGAGAAAUUAUUAAAGAAUAAUAAUGAAACUUAUUGGGUACCUAAACACGUAAAAGAAAAACGUUUUCAUAAUUGGUUACAAGAUGCAAAAGAUUGGUGUAUAAGCCGUAAUAGAUUUUGGGGAACUCCUAUUCCAUUAUGGGUUUCUGAAGACUUUAGUAUUAUUCAUUGUAUUGGUAGUAUAGAUGAAUUAGAAAAGCUUGCAAUUAAUCUUAAAGAACCUAUUAGUGAUAUUCAUCGACACUUUGUAGAUUCAAUAACUAUACCAGAUCCUCGUGGAGAUUCUUAUCCACCUUUAAAACGUAUAGAUGAAGUAUUUGAUUGUUGGUUUGAAUCAGGUUCUAUGCCUUAUGCUUCUUUAUCUUAUCCAUUUAAAAAUAAAGAAUAUUUUAAUGAGAUUUUUCCUGCAGAUUUUGUAAGUGAAGGAUUGGAUCAAACAAGGGGUUGGUUUUAUACUUUAAUGAUUUUAUCUACAGCAUUAUUUGAUAAACCAGCUUUUAAAAAUCUUAUUGUUAGUGGACUUGUUUUAGCAUCAGAUGGUAAAAAAAUGUCAAAAAGGCUUAAAAAUUAUCCAGACACAAAUGAAAUUGUCAAUAAAUAUGGUGCUGAUGCUUUAAGAUUAUAUCUUAUUAAUUCACCAGUUGUAAGAGCUGAAACUUUAAGAUUUAAAGAGGAAGGUGUACGUGAUAUAGUAAAAGAUGUCUUAUUACCAUGGUAUCAUUGUUAUAGAUUCUUUAUUCAAGAAGCAUCUCGUUUUGAAAAUAAUACGGGAGGGAGUUUUAAGUCAAAUUCAAAUACAAUAAGAAAUUGUACAAAUAUUAUGGAUAUAUGGAUAUAUUCUGAAGCUCAAUCUUUAAUUAAAUUUUUUAGAAGUGAAAUGGACAAAUAUAGAUUAUAUACAGUCUCUCCAAAGCUUAUUGAAUUCUUAGAUGAUUUAUGUAAUUGGUAUGUUAGAUUAAAUAGAGAUAGAAUGAGAGGCUCAUAUAAUCCAGAUGAUACUUUAAUAGCCUUAGAAGUACUUUUUGAAGUCUUGAUGAUUAUAACUAAACUUAUGUGUCCAUUUUCACCAUUCUUAUGUGAAUCACUUUACAAGAAUUUGAGAAGUGCUUUUGAUAAAUCUCAAAUAGAAGAUAGUAUUCAUUUCUUGUUAGUUCCAGAUCAUAAAGAAGAAUUUAUUAAACCUCAAGUUGAAGUUUUAGUUGAACAAAUGAAGGAAAUUAUUAUUAUGGGACGUACAAUUAGAGAAAAGAGAAAAGUAAGUCUUAAAGUACCCCUUAAGAAUAUGGUUAUUAUACAUAGAGAUAAAAAGGUUUUAGAAGAUCUUGUAAUGUCUAAACUUACAAAUUAUAUUAAAGAAGAGCUUAAUGUUUUGGAAGUUCAGGUACAUUCUAAUUCUCAAUUUGAACAGAUAACUAAAUUAGUUGCAAUUCCAAACUUUAGAUCCCUUGGUCAAAAGCUUGGAAAGCAUAUGAAGGAAGUUACAAAUAUUAUUAAAUCUAUGACAACUUCUGAUAUUCAAGAAUUUCUUGAAAAAAAAUCAAUUGAAAUUUGUGGUUUUAAUUUAGGAGAGGAUGAUAUUAUUAUUCAAACUAUAAUUGAUCCAAUAGUUCAAGGUAACUCACCAAAUAUGUUUUAUGAUGGAGAUUCUAAAUUUAUUAUUGGUUUAGAUUUUACUUCAGAUAGUGAAUUUGAAUUAAUGGCUUAUGCUAGAGAAUUAGCAAAUAAGAUACAAAAAUUAAGGAAAGGAAAUAAUAUGGAUCCUAAUGCUAAUGUUACUAUAUAUAUAGAACAAAUUGAAAAUAUUAAUAAAUUUGUAGAUUCUAAUAAUAAAUUUUUGGAUAUGAUGAAUUCUUAUGAUGAAUAUUUACAGAAAAUAAUACGUAAACCUAUAAAGUAUAUACAUUCAAAUACAAAUAUUGAUAAUGUUAUAUUUAGUGACCAAAUAGAGAUUGGGUUUGACAUUAUCAAAGUUACUGCAGCUUUAAAUAUCUAA